GUUUUUUUUUUGUUUUUUUGCCCUUCUCAUAGGCUCCCACAGAAUAAGAUGCAAAGAAAAUUGAAGAACAACCUCUUUUAUCUUUUUCUUUUAAAAUUGUUUGUCUGCUUUUGUCUUGCAAAACAAAGACAUUAUUUAAUUCCUCAGUUUCAAUUGAAUUUAUGAUGAAAUACAUGCUGAGUAAUACUGAUACAUAUAAACUGUUGAACAUCUAUUUGAUAAAAGUGAAAGUUCUAUUGCCAAAUUUAUGUCUGAAAGCUUUUUUUUGUUAAUGAUCUAUAUUGCAUAAGUUCCAAAAUGUCUUCAGUGCCAAUGAACUUAUAAUCACUGUGAGAUUCUUUGAGCACUUUAGUUUCUGUAUGUUCUCAAUAAUUGGUGCAGUUCUAGCCCCUUCCAAGUUACACUGUGGAAGAACUGCUAAAAAGGAAGGAAAUGAAUUUGAUUCUGGAACCCAGUACAAAUAUCUUUAAUCAAGAACCACUUCUUUUAGUGAACUCCAAGCAAAAUAAAAAUGAAUUAAAGAAAAAAGGCCCCCUAAUCUCAUCCUUCUUUUUGACUAGUGUAAAUUGAAAAGACACUGUUACCUUUCCUCAAUGCUAUGCAUAAAUAGCUAGCAUCAAUAUGCCAGCAAGCUUAAGGUCAUUGUACUCUGUCAUCCCAUGCCUUGGAUUUACAGAUCAGUAAUCAGGCCAUGAACUUCUUUAGGAAUGACCCUUUUUCUUUGCACUCCUCAUCAUCGCCUUCAGAAGAAGAUAUUCUCAUAAAGAAGAUCACACUGACGCAUGAUCCUGAUGGCCGUCACCUAGAUUCUGAGCAGCUACUGCGUGCAAUGCAGAAUGUUAUGUGUUACACUGCUGCUUCAGAAGUUAGCAGCUUCCAAAUCGACGGGAUUGCAGAUAAUGAUGUAAGCAACAUUGAAGUAGUUGGAGCACAAGAAUCACUGAGUCAGAUCAUCAGUAAACUUUCCUGUGAGAUGCUUUGCAAAAGCUCCAGAGAGGUGGAUAUGCAUGCCAGGACUAUGAUCUUGUUCGAUUUGCUUGGAAAUUAUAGAUGGGAUGCAAAAGUGGUAUUAGUACUUGCAGCAUUUGCAACGAGCUAUGGUAGAUUGUGGUUGAUUAUGCAACUGUACCCUCAUAAUCCUCUGGCAGUAUCAGUUGCAAUGCUUAAACAGUUACCUAAUGACUUGAGCAUGUUCAAGCCUAGGUUUAAGGCCUUAAGUUUGUUGGUUAAGACAAUGGUGGAUGUGACAAAGUGCAUUAUCAAGUUUGAAGGCCUGCCAUUUAGACAUGUAAAGCUGGAUGAUGAAGCAAUGGCUAUUACAAAGUCUUAUAUAUAUAUAUCCUCUUACUGGGUAAAAAGAAGCACCCUGGCAUGCUCAUUCCAAAUCACAGACUUGGACAUGAAGCCUGAGCAAGUGAACUCAAGUUCAACAACAAUUGCAGCAUGGCAGCUCUCAACUCUAGUAUAUAGGUUGAGCAGCAUUUGCAGUCGCCUCAGUCGACAAGUGGAUUUGUGUCAUCGAAAAAUAGAGACGAAGUUGUAUCAGAAGCUGUUAAACCUUUUCCAGGAGGCACAUUCUGACAAUCAAGAGGUCCUUGGCCUGUUAUUGGCUUUAAAAGAUGAUUUUUCACUUACGAAAUCCACUAUGCAAGAAAAGAUAGGUAUGUCUGAACUGAAAGACAAGGUAGUUAUACUUUUGGUCUCAAGUCCAGAGCUCCUUCCACUAGAGGAAGUAUUCCUGUUGAUUCACCAAACAUAUGAUCAGCCUCAACACAAGAAGUUAGAGGAUAGUUAUGAAAUUGUAUGGGUUCCGAUUUCAAUUUCUGGUACGUGGACUGAUGCAGAAGCAGAAAGAUUCAACAUUCUAUGUAAUUCUUUGCCAUGGUAUUCAAUUUGGCGACCUUGGCUACUUCACUCUGCUGUUGUGAACUAUAUCAAACAAGAAUGGAACUUUAAAGAUGACCCACUAAUGGUGGUGUUGGAUCCGCGAGGGAUGGUUACAAAUUCAAAUGCAAUUGAUAUGGUAUCGAUUUGGGGUGCCAAAGCAUUUCCCUUCUCAUCUUCAAGAGAAGAGCAGCUCUGGGAAGAGGAAAGUUGGAGUCUACAGUUUUUGGUCGACGAUAUUGAUCCGCUACUAACUAGAUGGGUAGAAGAAGACAGAAACAUUUGCAUUUAUGGAAGUGACAACCUAGACUGGAUCAGAGAAUUCAAUGCUAAAUUUGAAACAAUUAGAAGUUCUGACGUUCAGCUUGAGAUGGUAUAUGUUGGCAAUAAGAACCUGACAGAACUCGUGAGGCAUACUUUAGCUAUCAUAGAAAAAGAAACGCAUAGCAGUUCACUUUCUUUCACAAAACUACAAUUCUUUUGGCUUCGGUUGGAGAGUAUGAGAAGAUCAAAACUCCGAAUGGGAGAAUCUAUCAGCUCUGAACAUAUUCAGAAAGGAGUUGCAGCACUGCUAGAUAGUACAGACGAGGGAUGGGCAGUAAUAGGGAGAGGGAAUACAACAGACAUAGUAAAGGUUGAAGGACGAGAAAUGAUAGAAUGCUUGAAUAAGUUUUCGGAGUGGGGAGACAAUGUGGCAAAGUUAGGAUUCUUGGGCGCACUCAGAACUGCCCUUGAACCACCUUCCACACUGGAACCUUGCAAUCACAUUAAAAUUUUACCUUAUGCAGAAGGAUUGGUGGAAAAAAUUGUAGCAUGUGACAAGUGUAAGCGUCCAGUGAAGAAGUACAUUCUCUACGAAUGAAAUUUGAUCAUGUGUUGUGAGCAACUUCAACCAGUUGCCUUCUAAUUUGGAUGUCAUUUUAAGAUAAUUUACUGACUGCUGAACAAUCAUAAAACAGGCUAGCUAGUGAUUGUUGUGUUC